AUGGCUGCGCGGGCAGCAAUCCAUCUUUGUGGCAGCUACAACGUGGGAGAUUUGUUAGGAGAAGGCUUCAGCGGCUUCGUAUACGCUUGUAGCAAGCACGGCGACGACAGCCAGACCUUCGCGGCGAAGGUGUGUGCUGAGCGGCCGGGUGCAGCCGAGGAGAUGCGCUCCGAAGUUUCGCUACUCCAAAAUUUGUGCCACAGUUCGAUCGUCAAGAUUCAUGACAUUUUUGAUGAUGGCAAAUCUGUCUACUUUGUCAUGGACCGUCUGCAUCACGAUCUUCUGGAUGGACUUCACAGCUAUGGCAUGAGGGAAAGCGUCGAUAUGAACAAUCUGGUGCAUGUAGUUCGACAGAUGGCCACAGCAGUGCGAUAUCUUCACAGCGUGGCUGUCGUGCAUCGUGAUGUCAAGCCCGACAACUUUUUGACCGAUCGGGAGAGGCUCACUGACCCCAAUUGCAAACUGGUGCUUGCAGACUUCGGGUCAGCCUGCAAACUGUCGGUCAACGCCCGGCUGGAAGAGCAGGUUGGAACCAAGAUUUACUGGGCGCCAGAGGUUUACGACGGAAACUAUGGUUUUGGGGUGGACGUGUGGGCAUUGGGAAUUUGCCUUCACUGCGUGGCAAGCAAUACGUUUCCAUUUGCUGACGAGCAGGAGGUCCGAACCAAGAAUAUCUACCUGCGGUACGUCAAUCGACAAUGUAGGAACCUGGUCUCAGCCAUGCUACAGAAGGUUGAGGAAAAGCGGAUCAGCAUGGAGGAGGUGCUGUGGCACUCAUGGAUGACUGGUGAAGACGACAGUGAACCAGACGAGAUCAUGGACUCUUCCCUGGCCCGGAGGUGGCUGCGUGAUGCCGAGAUGCGCCUUCCCUCCUUUGCGCGCUUCGAUCGCAAUCGGAAGAGGAAGGCUUGGCCGCGGCUGGCUCUUCCCUUGAUUGCCGGUCUGUUUGUGGCACGAAUUGCUCUCCGUCUUUGUCCAGGCGCAGGGCUUACGGUUUUUGGCUGCGUUUUUGCAAGAAGAUUCCAUGCCCUUUCAACUUUCCGGCAAGGUUGGGAUGCUCCAGUGCGAUGGAGCCCGGUCAUUGACCGAACCACGUGCAUGCAAAAGCAGCACGUGCGAGGAAACGACCGGUGGGUCUUCCGGCGUCUCCGUGGCACGCCCACGUGCAAGGCGGCCGUACGCCCGCGCGAACAGUGA